UCGUGUCUGGGACGCGAUUGGCUGUUUGUGCAGCCUCCCGGCUCCUGCGUAUAAAAGCACGGCUCGCCCGGCUGCGGGUCACGGCUCAGUCGGAGCGUGUAGCGCAGCUGGACUCGGGGGGACGCGACUGUGGUGUUUACUGCUGGAACCCAACCCGAAACAGCUUCACACCGAUUCGCGGAACUGUUGCGCACAUACUGGAUCGCGGCGCGACGCGCGGCGCGGACAAAGAAGAUUGGACCCAGGCCUACGCUGCCAGACCCAGAGCCAGGCUCAGCGUGUGGCUUUCCAUUUGAAUUUGAGUGCAUUUAAGUACAGUAUGUGCUUUUAGCCAGAGACCUAUCCCUCUGAGUGAACCAGCGUCUUGUAAGGAUGAGGGCUCUCUGCGCCUUGUUGUGUUUCCUGAUAGUCGCGGAGGUCGGAGCCUCUAGGGUCACCCGCGACUCCCAGGGUCAACCUGCCUCUUCGGAGGCCACAGAGACCAAUGUCUCCACCCUGUUCCCGCCGUCGCAGCCCGGCCAGCCACGUGGCGCCCACCCCCCCAUGUGCAAAAUUGCCACGGAGAUCGCGCACCCCUUCAAGUACGUGAACACCAUCGUGUCCUGCCUUAUUUUUGUGAUUGGGAUAAUCGGCAACUCAACACUGCUGAGGAUCAUAUAUAAGAACAAGUGUAUGAGGAACGGGCCAAACGUCCUGAUUGGCAGCCUGGCACUCGGGGACCUGCUUUAUAUAAUCAUCGCCAUUCCUAUCAACGUGUAUAAGCUAAUAGCUGAGCACUGGCCGUUCGGCGUGUAUGUCUGCAAGCUCAUGCCGUUCGUCCAGAAGGCUUCAGUGGGAAUCACCGUCCUGAGCCUGUGCGCCCUCAGCAUAGACCGCUACCACGCGGUGACGUCGUGGAGCAGGGUGAAGGGCAUGGGGAUCCCCCUCUGGAAGUCAGUGGAGGUGACGCUGAUCUGGCUGACCGCCAUCGUCCUGGCGGUUCCUGAGGCGCUGGCGUUCGACAUAUUGGAAAUGCCGUACAGAGGAAGCAAGCUGCACGUCUGUAUGCUGCAUCCAAAGCAGAUCAACCGUUUUAUGCAGUUCUACAAGGAAAAGAAGGACUGGUGGCUCUUUGGCUUCUAUUUCUGCCUCCCCCUGGCCUGCACGGGAUUCUUCUACACACUCAUGUCCUUAGAAAUGCUCAGUCGCAGGAAGGGCAUGCGCAUAGCACUCAACGACCACAUGAAGCAGCGACGGGAAGUGGCCAAGACGGUGUUCUGCCUGGUGUUGAUCUUUGCUCUGUGCUGGCUGCCGCUUCAUCUCAGCCGCAUUCUGAAGAACACAAUCUAUAACCCAAACGACCCCAACCGCUGCGAACUGCUCAGCUUCCUGUUAGUGAUGGACUACAUCGGCAUCAACAUGGCCUCCCUAAACUCCUGCAUCAACCCCAUUGCUCUGUACUUCGUCAGCCAGAAGUUUAAAAACUGCUUCCAGUCUUGCCUGUGCUGCUGGUGCCACAGGAAGUUCCCGGCGGAGGAUCGGAGCUCAGCAAUACGCUGGAAGGGCUCCUACCGCGGGAACGGCCUCGACCGCUCAAACUCCCGCUCCAGCUCCACUCAGAAAUACACAAGCUCCUCAUAAACGCACGCACUGUUGUACCAAACCCACAUUCCCACCAGCUCCAGUUGCACGGAGAGCUGAGAAGAAUGGAGCAAGGUUGAAGCGACUUCUACAGGACUCUCAGCGGAAUGAAAUGGUAAAACAAAAGGCUGGACUUGGACCUGUACAGGCAGUAACACUAACUGCAGCAUCAAGGUUACACACAUCUGUUCAUACUCCGACGCUGAGGCUUGUGUAGAGAAAUGAAAGUCUCUCAGUGGAAUUUUAUCCUAAAUGCAUUCAUAGAAAAUGUUUAUAUAAGCCACAUUGUGCAUUUACACUAUGUACAGUAGUAUUUAGAUGCAGCGUUGCAGCCUUAAGGUUAUAUCCAGCCUCAGGGCGACGUGUAUAAGCUUAUACAACCUCACAGACGCAGACUCCAGCCUUCUGUGAGUUCUCUCUAUGUAUUAUGCGCACACAACGACAAUCAGCCGCCCCUCUGAGUAAAACGGGCCCCGCCGCGCGUCCCACAGUCACAUGGAGAGUCCGAGCGUAGCUGAGUCAUGUGAGGGGCAGCUGCUGGCAGACACCAGGUGAUUCCUGUCACGCCGCGCACAGCGCAUUGCCGCAAAACUGUGAUGGUGUAGGUGGUUUCCACUGGAUGAAGAGUCCAGCCUCGUGUUUGACGAUGGGAGGAAAUAUCACAGAACAAGAGCUUGUUUAGGCUGCUAACUUGGGUGUGGCCACUUGUUAAUAGUCAUUUGGUCACGUGACUGAGACGAUCCUGUGGCUGGAAAUUAAUCCAAAUGUUACUUAUUAAGUAAUUUGUUUGGAAACAAAAUAUUCAUUUAAAAGCUUCAGUAUUUAUUACAUUCAGUAUUCAUUAUUUCAAUCUGGAUAUUCAUAAAAAUGUGUUCAUAUAAUUACCACUAAUUACAGUAUGUAGUAGUUACAUGCAGGGAAGCUAAAUAAUUAAUAACUGCAUGACUUGUUGACAGACAUGAGCUGAGGAAGCGUAUGAUGCGACACAACAACAUGUUGCUAGCUUUGAAGUCAGGACGCGUUAGCUGGACGUGGCUGCGAGCGCUCAGCACUCACGCUUGUGACAAACCUUGUGAUGCCAGAGCACAGAGAGAAAAAGGUCCAUUUACGCCAUUUCUGACGACAUCAGCACGAUCGAUCCGUGUGGUGUAAAAUCAUUUGUUUUGCGAUGAAGCCGUAAACACACGCAUGCCCCUUUAAACCUGGCUCAUCCUCUGGCCUUAGGUUAAAACUUUCAUUAACACUAAAACUAGCUUAAAUUAGCACUAGCACUUAUCUAAUCCGAUGUCUUCGCUGUGCUUUCAGCUACAUACUGUAGCUAAAGUAAUUGUCUUUGAAGAUACAUAGAUGUUCAGCCGUAAUUUAAGGCCCGAAGAUAAAAUGAAAUGUGAAUAUUGACCCUUGCAUUUACACUGUGCUCAUUUGUUUAUAUUAUGCUUUAACAAAUAUUUGUUGGGUCUAUUUACUAUUACGAGGCAUAGAUUUAGCUUGAUACAGCAUUAACCAGUACACAGUGGAAGAGAACGAGGAGUUUAUUUUUGUACAGUAGGACUGUAGUGUCCUGUAAAUAUAUCAUACACAUAAUAUGCUUCAUAUAAAAGCCAUAUAAAAAAAAAUUUGCAAAAGCCUGACUUGACUGUUCAUUUGAACUUCGUGACAGUCGUCUUUAUUUUUACCAGUCCAUCGGAGGGUGAGUAACGUGUCUCUGGUUUUGUGUUGUUGUUCGUUGUUUUAUUUGAGGUUACAUUUGGUUUCCAUCAGAUUUCAGUGAAAGGCCAUUAAAGGACAACACGUGGCAGAUGCUGCAAAUUAGCGCCUCCAGAUCUUUGCCUAGUUGGGAGCGAUCGGAGGAGACAACCGAGCAGCGGGUUCCGGGGUCAGGCUUCACGAAGCAGCGCGAUGGAGAUGACUGCUCAUAAAAGCUUGAGGCAGCGUUCAAGGGCCUUUGUUGUUUCACCCAGUCACAACGUCCAAACAGCCACCAGCUCCACGAGCAGUAAACCUUAGAGAGGCCUCAGGUUUUUAUUGACCUUCAGGAAGGAAGCACCAGUUUCUGGUGAUGAUGAUAAAGAAACUGAUAAAGAACUCAUGAACUGUAGAUAUAUACAACCUAAAAUGCUACUCAAUCUAUAACUGUCAUUUUUAACAAAAAGUAAAUACUGUAAUAUAAAUAUUUAUGGAUAUUUGAACAACAAAGGAAAAUUGAGUGACAAUUUGGAGGAAUGUUCUGUCAAACUGCUCAACCAAACACGCUCUGCAAAUAAAUCUUGGUAUGAGUUGAAACUUCCCUCGUACAAAAUUCUGAGCUUCAUAAUAGACGUGACGCUUUUAACUGAACCACAUCAAGCGCAGCGCUGCAUUCCAAAUGACUGUUUACCAAGAGGCUCCCUUUCCCUCUGCUGCUGUAAAUAAACGAUUUUCUGAACAAACAAUAUUUUAGGGCUUGUGCUCACACUCAAUGUUGUUUUGCACCCUCGCUGAGCGUUGGGACUUUCCCUUCGACGGCGACCUCCUCGGCCUGUGGCGUGUUGUUACCAGAGCUGUUUGGAGUCACUUGGACUCAUCACUGGCAGCUUCAGGACUGUCAUCGCUGAGGCAGUGUCUCUUCAUUAGUGAGUUCAAAAAUCAAAGGGGAAUUAGUUAUCAAAAAAAAGUUAUUAAAUCAGUAGAGCAACAGCAAAAACUAAAUGUCGGAGCAAAGGUUUCAAAUCAAAAACUGAAGAAAAUCAUGUGACCAAUGAACCCAACUCUGCUGAACCAAUUUAUGGUUUUUGCACAACCAGAGUUAAAAAUCCCAUUUAAAUCCAACUUGUCAUAGUUUAUUUAUUAGGAGAAUAAUGAGCAGCAUGUACAAUAACAAGCACUGUAUAUUAUUGACACACCUCGUUAUCCUUCACUAUGCACAUUGUGACUGUAAAUGAUCUGCUCUGUGUUAACACCACUACUGAGCACAGGUUGAAGGGUCAUUGGCACACGUGAGAGAAAGGUCAGCAAAUGAUGGGGAGGUCAAGCUGCUCUGUCUGUCUCUGUUGAUCACCUGGAGCGUGUCCUGCGCUCUUACUUACAUUACUCGUGAUUUAUGCCUGUCUGUGCUCUGUACAUGUGAUAUCCACUGCACAUCUGUGCUUCCUGGAAAACCAUCUCUCUUUUGUUCUUCCUCAGGCUUUUCCCUCCCUUCCAUUAAAAUGUUUUUUGAUUAUCCAAUUUGAGGUUUUAGGGACAGAGGGUGUCACUGUUCUACACAGUAAAGAUCCUUCAGGCAAUUCUGUGAUUAGUGAAACUGAUAUAAAUAACUAUAAUAUAAAAUAGCUAUAUAAAUCAUUUGUGAUUUGAUUUUAAGUGAUUUGCUGUGGCAGAAUCAGCAAGUCAUUUCUAAACAUGUUAUAUAAACUAUGAAGUGUCCAAAGGUGAAUGCUGUCAGUCUGGACAAACACAGAACUUGGGCUGCUCAUGCUACACGUAGUUAGUUAUGCUGUACACGGAGAGUUAGCCAUACAUGACCAUGUGACUGACAGACGGACACCAUUAACCUCAAGUAACUCUGACCAGAUUAUUUACACUUCACUGCUAUCAUUUUUCACUCUGUGUCCUUCUUGGCACUGUACAAAUCCCUAGCACCACAUUCCACUGGAAGUAAGGACUUCCACUUCUUCCUUCACUAUAGUCAAACGUGGCUUCAAAGGACACAUGAGAGCAAUUUGGUGUUUGAGAGACUCAUCUCUUUAGGUUUGGACAUCCUUCAAACGCUGUUAUAUGAUAUGAAAAUAAAUACUACGGAGUGAUCUGUGUUACAAAAUGUUUUCAUGAGAUCCCAGCAACAUGAACAUGGAAAUCUGCUGUUUAAUGUUUUACAUUUGUUUGGUUAAUCAUUCCAACAAUCCUAGAAUGACAAAUGCAAAAACACACAUAAUAUACUGUACAAUCGUUUGAAGGUGACAUGAUCAAACUACUUUGACACAUAACAAGGGAAAUAUUAUUAUAACUAGUUUUGCAGUUUAUUUACAGGAACACUCCAAAGCCCCACAUGUGAUGCUCCUCACUCCAUGGGCUCCUCCUGUCUCUCUUUGAAUUCAUUAACUCUCGCCUGAAAAAAAAACAUAAAAAGAACAUGUCAAGAACUGUCCAACUGUACUUUCUCUAUGUGAUGAAUACAGUAAACAGAGAUCAGCGCUCAGAUGAACCAGGCCUCCGUCCUGUUCAUCCAGACAGCAUCUGGAAAAUUAGGUGCAGAAUUUCUCCAGAGUUUCCCUUUCAUGCAUAAAGCAUGUUGUAUAAAAUGUCUGUAAAAAUUUUGCCGCUGUAACAAACAACUUCCGCUCAAGGUUUAAAGUGGUAUCUUAUUCUUGCUACUGCAAAUUUAGAUGGCACCUUGUUAGAGCUUUCAGGGGGUGACAUGUAACAAAACCUGCUUCUUGAAUAAUCUUUGUUUUUAGAGCUCUUGAAUUUGGCACUAGUUUGCUCGCUGUGAAUCUUUUGAAAUAACACCUACCCUAUUAUAAACAUAGGCCCUGGACAUCUGGGUCACAGCAAGCCUAGAUGAGGCCUAGUUAAUGUUGGACCAUCCAACAGAGGAAGACGAUUAGCUCCCUCUGCUGCAGAGGAUAUAUUUAUUACAAUUAUCCUCAGAAAAAAAAAAUCGAUGUACAGCAAGUCAGAUCAUAACCCACAAAAAUUCUUCUCACAGAUCAAAUAGCAGACUUAUUUCAACAUCCACUGUUCACAGGACACUUUGUGAGGUCGGCCUUAAUGCUUGAAUUACAGCAGAGAAACCAUUACUUUCAGUCAGGCAAAAACACACAAGGAAUGGACGUGAGAUCAGUGAAAAUCUGUGGAGUUGUGGCUUCAGCUGCCAUGUCUCUGUUAGACAUGUGUGGUUACCAUUGUGAAGCAUGGAGGAGGAGGCGUGAUAAUGCAGCGGUGUCACGGAAAUGGGAAAUAUGGUUUCUGUAAUCAGAGUAAGGGAUGAGGAUGAAACCGGAUUUCCCCCAGUAGUUUUCUGUCAUGUAAACGUGCAACCGAUUUCAUGGAGUGAUGCUGCCUUUACUGUCUUUCAAGUCUACCCAAAAUCCCAAUACAACUGAAGGUCGACA